UUUACACCGAAAAAAAUACGUGCCGACUUGGCAGUAUAGUGGCGCUGGCGGAAGAAUGGCGGCAGGCUGGAGGCAGUGUAGUUAAGCCGAGAGGCAUUCCUCAUCUGCAGAUGGGUUGCAGAGCCUGUGUUAAAUUUAGCCUAAUAAUAGAAAAUCGCAGGAAGUCCAUUUCCAUUUGCAGCCGUCACAUUUUGCAUGGCAUCUCACCGGCGCACUCCAUUGCCACUCUCGGCCGUUACAUUUUGCAUGGCAUCUCACCGGCGCACUCCAUCUGUAAAAGAAAAACCGUGCAGUGAUUGCAGGGUAGUGGAGGAUUGGAGCUGGUGUUGGCGAUUGACACGUAGGUCUCAAAAUCUUCUUUUAAAUGUCUGUAACAGGUAAAAAAUCGAACUCUGUAUUUCUUUUCUACUGUUAGGUUUUCCAGAGGAAAGAACCAAAGCAACAAGAUAGAAACAACGGCAGAUUCAGCGAUGACCCAGCCACCCAUUUCACGGAUACAGCCGCAAGCAGAAGCUCCCAGCAAAAACGCUUUAAAGAGGGAAUUAAAACUAAAGCAGAAGGAGGAAGAGAGGCUCCAUAAGGAAGAGGAAAAGAAGAAGAAGGCUGCAUCUGCACACAGUGUGAAUGCACAGAAGCAUCAAGCCCUAGAUCACGAAGAGGAAGAUGUGGAUCCUAAGCAAUACCGUGAAAACAGAUUGAAAAUUUUGGCUGCGUUGAAAAGCACUGGAAAUAACCCUUAUCCACACAAGUUUUCUGCCACCUUAUCAAUUCCUGAUUUCAUAAAAGAGUACCAGAAUAUAAGAAAAGGACAGCAUCUUGAUAAUGAAGAAGUGUCUUUAGCUGGGAGAAUAAUGAGUAAGAGGAGCUCAGGAGCAAAGCUAAACUUUUAUGAUUUGCAUGCGGAUGGAGCAAGAGUUCAGGUUAUGGCUGACUUAAGGAAUUCAGCAAUGGAAGAGGCUGAAUUUGUUAAGCAUCAUGCUGGUGUAAAGCGUGGUGAUAUUGUUGGUAUUGGCGGCUUUCCAGGAAAAAGUAAAAUGGGUGAGCUUAGUAUAUUUCCAACGUCUUUCAUUGUUCUGUCACCUUGUUUACACAUGAUGCCAAGACAAAGAGCUCAGGAAAGUGAGGGAAAUAAAUUUAUUGGCAUAUUGGCUUCUGGUCAGACCAGAAACCCUGAAAAAUAUGUCCUGAAGGAUCAGGAAACAAGAUAUCGGCAACGCUAUCUAGAUUUGAUGGUUAAUUCAGAGGUUAGAAAUAUAUUCAUAACAAGAUCAAAGAUAAUAUCUUUUGUACGGCAGUUUCUUGGCAGGCUUAAGUUUCUGGAGGUGGAGACACCAAUGAUGAAUAUGAUAGCUGGUGGAGCUGCUGCAAGGCCGUUUGUUACUCACCAUAAUGAACUUAAUAUGAGGUUAUACAUGCGUAUUGCUCCAGAGCUUUACCUAAAACAACUUAUUGUGGGUGGCCUUGAUCGAGUAUAUGAAAUUGGAAAGCAAUUUCGGAACGAGGGCAUAGAUUUGACUCAUAACCCUGAGUUUACCACCUGUGAAUUUUACAUGGCUUAUGCUGACUAUAAUGACUUGAUGGAACUCACAGAGCAAAUGCUGUCUGGAAUGGUCAAGGAGUUAACUGGUGGCUAUAAAAUCAAAUAUCAUGCUAAUGGUGUGGAUAAGGAUCCCAUUGAAAUUGAUUUCACUCCUCCUUUCAGGAGGAUAGAUAUGAUCAAGGGGUUAGAAGAGGUUGCUGGUCUCAACAUUCCUAAAGACCUGUCGUCCGAGGAGGCAAAUAAGUAUCUGAUAGCUGCUUGUGAAAAGUUUGAUGUGAAAUGCCCCCCUCCACUAACAACGAGUCGUUUGCUUGACAAGCUUGUCGGGCAUUUCUUGGAGGAAAUGUGUGUGAAUCCUUCCUUCAUCAUAAACCAUCCCCGGAUAAUGAGCCCUCUCGCAAAGUGGCACAGAGAUCAACCAGAAUUGACGGAGCGAUUUGAACUCUUCGUGAAUAAGCAUGAGUUGUGCAACGCAUAUACUGAACUUAACGACCCUAUUGUCCAGCGUGAGCGCUUUGCAGAUCAGCUCAAGGACAGGCAAUCUGGUGAUGAUGAAGCAAUGGCCUUAGAUGAAACAUUUUGUACUGCAUUAGAGUAUGGGUUGCCACCAACAGGUGGAUGGGGAAUGGGGAUAGAUCGUCUUGCUAUGAUUUUGACAGACUCCCAGAAUAUUAAGGAAGUUCUUCUCUUCCCUGCAAUGAAACCUCAAGAAGAUUCUUCUUCUAAAUACAUCGAUCAAACUUGGUCUUGAGUAUUCAGUAUUUGUUUCUGGCUUUCAUAGCUGUCUGGCUUUCAUGGGAGCAACCUUAGUUGAUACUAAGUUUGAUGAUUUUGCAAAUCUCCUAAUCCAAGUGGAAAAGUUAAUCCACAUGGGUUUAAUCAAGUCUUCUAAACACCCAAGCAUUGGUGGCAAAGACAGGGAAUCUUGAUAAGAAGCAAAAGAAGAAAAAGAACAAACCAAAUCUUGCUGUCAAGGGGAAUCAUCUAAGGAGAAGCCUAAAUGUGCAUAAUACAAGAAAACAGGGCAUGAUGAAUGCUAAUGUUAUUUAAAAUAGAUUGAUGAGUUGAAGCAUCUUCUUAAGAAGAAUCAAAUCAAUUUGCCUUCAACUAUUCUUCUUCUUCUUCAUGAAGUGCCUAGAUCUUGGGUGGCUAUAAUCUUUAGCCAAUGUUACAUGGUAUAGAGCCUUCUUUACCAACUCUUAACAGAAACCAUAACUAAAAAACUAUAGAUGCCAGUUCGUUCAUGAUUCAAAGGGUUGGUUGUUGAGUGCACGUUUUUGGUCUGAAAGUGCCUCAAGCUAGUUGUGGUAUAAAACAUUGGAUGUCUAGCCUUUAAGUGUUGGAAUAAAUCUGUUAAAAUGUAGGAAUGAUAUUAUAGUUAUCACAUAUGAAUGUAUGAUAUUUUAACAAUGGUUAUAUAUUUCCUGACUUUAUUUGGCAAUAUGAAUUUAAUGAGGGUUUGAUGUAUA